AUGUCUCUGGUUUGCUCUUCAUCUUGUGUAGCUCCCUUGCUACAGACCAAACUGUGGCGUCCAAGUUCUUUAAAACUCAAGACAUGUAGCUUAAGUCUGUCUUCUUCCGUCGGCUACCCUAAUUACACCGCUGAUAUUAGGAAGCACAACAGUUUCUUGUUCGCUGAACCGCAUAAGCUUCGUAGGGUAGCAAAGAGUCAGAUACUAGUUAGUAAAGAAUCUUUUACAGAGGAGAGCACAAUAGAUAUUGAUUAUGAAGAUCAGGAGGAGAUUGAAGAUACUGGAUCACCUUGGGAAGGUUCGGUGAUGUAUAGGAGAAAUGCUUCGGUCACACAUGUGGAAUAUUGCACUACACUAGAGAGGCUUGGGUUGGGAAGACUAUCAACCGAGGUCUCCAAGACAAGAGCUUCUGCAAUGGGACUCAGAGUGACAAAAGAUGUCAAGGAUUAUCCAGAUGGCACGCCGGUUCAAGUUUCUGUCGAUGUCAUAAGGAAGAAGAGGAAGCUGAGACUUGAUGGGAUUGUCAGGACUGUUAUCACACUUGGCUGCAACAGGUGUGGUGAGCCAGCAGGUGAGAGCAUCUUCGCCAACUUCUCGCUAUUACUAACCGAAGAGCCAGUUGAAGAACCCGAUGUCAUCGAUCUAGGAUUCUCGUUCGGUAAUGACAAAGCCAAUUCCUUUUCUGGAUUGUCGAAAGAUGAAGGAGAAGACGAGGAUGAUGAUGAUGAUGAUUCAUGGAUUGAUUGGGAGGAUAAGCUACAUUUUCCGCCUGAGGUAAAAGAAAUAGACAUCUCAAAGCAUAUAAGAGACUUGGUGCAUUUAGAGAUCACCAUCAAUGCGGUAUGUGACGCUGCGUGUAAAGGAAUGUGCUUGAAGUGCGGUGCGAAUCUGAAUAAGAGGAAAUGUGACUGUGACAGAGAAGACAAGGAUAAAGGAUACGGACCUCUGGGAAACCUGAGAAAGCAAAUGCAGGAAAAAGAGGGCCUGAGGAACUAA